ACAGCGCUGACAGCUGCUGCGCUACGAGAGAAAAUAUCGCGUUGUAUUAACCCGUUUAAACCAGUGAAUGUGUUACGCACUUUACAUAAAAGUGUAAUAAAUAAACGCAGGGAUUAUUCGCAGAGAACAACGCUUACUUUUGGCUAGUUAGUGCUAAAGCUAACGCGUGAGGCUAUACUAGCCUAGAAGCUAGUUUCGUUCGUAAAUAUCGAACUCCGCUGAAAACGAUAGUUUUAAUACGUAAACGGCGUAAGUGAAGACGGUGGGACGGUGGUGUCGGUGAAGUUACGUAGGAACUAGCGUAGCUGCGGUGGGCGGACCUGCAGUAGCCACUAGCUACUAGCCACAGCCAGGCGCAGGCUAGCAGCGAUGACGGAUCGGAAUAUCGGUGCCGGUCUCGGGGCGGAUUUUUGAGCCGACAGACAUGGUUUUUACGGAGCUCACCGAACAAGGACUGAGCUGAUUUGUCAGCUUUGUGUAGGUUUGGCUUUUCACCCCCUCCAAGUGUCCUCUGGACAUCAGCUGACCAUGGUUGUGUGAACAGGGGACACACAGGAAGACAGCCUGGCAGAGACGGUGGUGUGUGUUCACUCAAACGCAGCAAGGCUCCACCGAGAGAGGAGCGGAGACGCGCCGGAGCGAAGACAAACCGCUAAUUUAAACACAAAAAUGUCUCAAAACAGAGAACUGGUGGUUUACUACAUACAGUAUAAACUGUCUCAGAGAAACUAUCCACUGCACCACCUGGGACUCAGUGAGCCUCCAAACAGGACUGAUGGGGGGGAGGCGGUGUCGGGCGAGGAGCAGCGGAUAGCCACGCAUGCCAAUGGGACUUUAAACGGCACGAGUCCCAGCACCCCACCAGCGUCCCCGCAGCGGCAGCAACGGUUGCCGUCGCCGACGAGCAUGGAUGCGAUAAAGGAGGCCCUGCGGGACUCGGCCAACGAGUUUGAGCUGCGGUACGCCCGCGCCUUCAGCGACCUGCACAACCAGCUGCACAUCACGCCGGCCACCGCCUACCAGAGCUUCGAGAACGUGAUGGACGAGGUGUUCCGGGACGGCGUCAACUGGGGCCGCAUCAUAGGGCUUUUUGCGUUUGGCGGCGCUCUGAGCGUCGAGUGUGUGGAGAAGGAGAUGAGUCCGCUGGUGGGCAGGAUCGCCGAGUGGAUGACGGUCUACCUGGACAACAACAUCCAGCCCUGGAUCGAGAGUCAAGGAGGAUGGGAGCAUUUCGCUGAAAUCUUCGGUCAGGACGCGGCGGCGGAGAGCAGACGGUCUCAGGAGAGUUUUAAGAAGUGGCUGCUGGCGGGGAUGACUCUGGUGACCGGGGUCGUGGUGGGGUCGCUGCUCGCCCAGAAGCGUCUGUGAGGCGGAGGACGAACGACGGCGAGAACUCCACCCGCCUCCUCCUCCUCCUCCUCCUCCUCCUCCUCCUCCUCUACGUACAAACCACCACAGAAGAUAAAGAUGAAGGUCGUUUUUGUCCCCCGUCAGAACUGCUGACGAUGAUGAUGAUGAUGAUGAUGAUGUUUACCUAUUUGUUUUUCCUCGCCGUCGUCACACACACACACACACACACACACACACACACGCACACACACAUCCCAUCACUGUGGACUGAGAAUCCUCGCGUCGUCGUCGUUGUUGGACUUUUGAGGAGAAAACAAAAAAAGAGAAUGACAGAGGGGAGGAGUCACGAGUUCUUAUGUUUUCACCUUCAUGAAGAAAGAGUCUGGCAAAUGAUUCUGUCCAUCACUGACCCCCCCCCCCGCACACACCCCCGGUCCACUGUUUUUUUUCUUCUUGUACGUAUGUAUCUAUGUAAGUACGACUUAGUUUUUAUCAAAUUUUUGUUUUUCCAUCUUCCAAGAAAACACACACACACACACACACACACAGCGUAGUGAACCUGACCCUGUCUGGGCCUCCGCUGCUCUACAUUAGCUCUGUACUGUAUGUGCCAUACCGAGGGUGACCACAGGGGGGAGGAUGUAGCCCCUGCUCUGUGGUGAACCCUGUUUUCCUGCCAUCCUCAUCAUCACAUACAUACAGCGUAUGACUUCAUGCAUACGCCGCUUUGUUUAGUUUUCAAAGUCUUAAUCUGAUCUGUGCUCUAUGGUCAUACCUGUGAGUGUGUAGUCGCCGCCUCUUUGUUCACUAGUUAAAGAAUGCAGCAAAUACUGUAGCAACACAUUAAAGGAGCUUCAGUUUUUACAUAAAACACAUAGAAAGACAGUUGUAAAGGUCCAAUGUGUUAUCUAUAGCACCCCUAGUGGUCAUAAGCGUGUUGGAUCACAUGACCAUGACAUUGAACAUCAUGUUUUCAUCACGUCCAGGCAGAUGAAGUAGCAGUCUGUAAAAUCGCCUGUAAAUAACCUUGGUCUCAUUUCUGUCUUUGCCUGAAGCUAGUUGAAGGAGGUUGAAGGAGGAGCUUUUCUUUGGGAGUAAAUCCUGAUGGAACCCUUCAGCGCAAACGUUGACCUACUUUCUGCCGUCGUUAGAGAGCGCGUUUAUGUAGAAGCUCGUUUACAGGACGUCCUGAUCUCGUCUGAGUGAGCUGCUCGUAAAGAAAGUGCAUUUAAACACCACAUAUACGUCACGCUGCGCUACCAUUUAUUACACAUUUGUGACCUCAGCCAAUGGGCCAGUGGGUUUAAUCUGAACGUUUGUCAGAUUAUUUAACAACUAUCACCCAAGUAUGUCCCCUCUGUGUAAAGUCAUCGGAUUGGAACUGGAUUUGUGAUCAUGUGUACGCAGGAUCAGUCUCCAGUUCCACAUGGAUCCGGAUCCAGAUUAGAGAUUUGGCAGCAGUUGAGGCCUCGGUGGAGGUUUGACACGACUUUACAUGCUGGACCUUUUUCAAAAGUCUAUAUUCAGCACGUUGUCGCGCUUUUAGACGACACCGCGGUCGUGAUGUUAAGAGGGAAACGCUCAAUGUUGAACGAUUCAGCAUCAGAGCAUCAGAGCAUCAGAGCAUCAGGAGGAAAGUUUAAAACAAGGAAACGUACACGAGCAGAGAGAGAGUGUACGACAAGGGAAGGUGACUUAAUCGUUAGUGUUAAAGAGAGGAGGAGGAGUCAGCUCCACACAAUGACAACAAUCUGUAGUUCACGCUUUUGUGGGGAAGUUUAAAAACGAGUUUAUUUAUUUAUUUAACCUUUUAUUUAACCAGGUAAACGUCGCACAAAGACACACAAUCUCCUCCUCGUCGUCUUUUGUUUUUUCACUUCAGGACCAGGCGGAGACUUCAGUGACAUUUAUUCACCCUGAGCUUCAGCUGCGUGUGACGUCAUGAUUACAGCUGCACUAUAAAAGUAGAAUAAUAACAACUGGUAAAAAAGAAUCAAGAUCCACAACUUCUGUCUGUCUGUCUGUCUGUCUGUCUGUAUACAGUCAUAAUAAACUGAAUUUAAUUCACAUUCCUGA